AUGAGUUGGAAUACAAAACCAGGGCGUGCCACCUUGCGACCUUUGUAUCCUAAGAAACAGUCGUCUUUUUUGGAGCAAGCUUUAAGAACCACAUUAAACACAACACCUCAAAGUUCGUUGAACCAUCCUGGAAGUACCCAAGAUGUCUGUGUGUUUCUCAGUAAUUCAAAUCCAGUUCCACAGCCACAGGUCAACAUCAGAAAUUACAAGACUCCUCAACAGAUGCCUCUUUCUGAUACUCAUAGUGAGACACUGAUGACCUCACAAACUUCAGUAGCAAGAAUAACGUAUGCAAAUAUUAAAGGAUCCAGACAACUUGAUCACAGUUUCCAAAUGUCCCCAGGACUGACACAAAAUACCUGGUUAAACUCAACAGCCAGGAAUUCUAUGCUCUCCCACACGGGCACUGCAGUGACGCAUCAAACUGGCUUUGGAACCGGGACCCUCAGUUUGCCUACACUGCAGAAUCAGUACGUCACCUCUGACAACUACUCUGUGCAGCUUCAAAUGUCACCUUCUAACUCUGUAAGAUUUCCUGUUACAUACCAAGGAAAUCCAAGACUUAACCCAUCUUUACCGCCCCAGGGUAAUUGGGCCCAACAGCAGGCAGCCAGCGAGUUGACUUACCCAGAUCACAGACCACUUCCACAUCAAUACAGUUAUUCACCACAAAGCUGUUUGCAAGAGCCUAAUCAUCAGAAACAAAACCCUAUGCCAUCAACAUCAUUGCAAGUUAAAAAUAGUCAUCCUCCAAAUUCUGCACUGACUUGUGAGCCAAAGCCAAUGGGGCCUGCACUGUCAUACCCGUAUGCAGCAACUCAAGCUAACAAAAGACCCCCUCCUCCUUACGAAUGCAGUUUCACGGGCCAGCCUAUGCAAAGUCCUCAGCAUGUGGUUAAACACUUUCCCAUAGACGUGCCUCAGAGCCAGGAAACACACUUACCUGAACUGAGGAAAGACUUCUGCAGGGGUUUUCAACAGCAGUGGCAGAGUGUUAAUGAAAAUGCCAGCAUGCUUGGAAAUUUCUGUAAUUUGGAAGUAAAUACUAAUGCCAGCCAGCCUUUUGGUGAACGUGUUAGAGCUUCUGCACCUGGUAUCCAGGAUCUUACUCAAAAUAAUCAAGAGAAAAGGGUGGAUUCUUGCAGCCAACCUUCAUCUCAAGUGCUGGAUACAAGUGCCACAAAGGAAAAGCUAGUGAGAGAUAUUAAAACAUUAGUAGAAAUAAAAAAGAAAUUUUCAGAACUGGCUAGGAAAAUUAAAAUUAAUAAAGACCUUCUGAUGGCAGCAGGUUGUAUUAAAACAAAUAAUCCCCCUUACAGCUCAACAGCUCAACAUUCAGAAUUAACUGUAAAAAAAGCUGUCAGAAAUCAGUCUGUACCACAGGUAACUCAAGUUGCUACAGAGGUGCAGGAUAAACCACCAAUUGUAAUGGAAUCUACACAACAAAAUAGUAGAUCACAUCAUACCUUGAAUUCCAACACCAGUUGCAAAAAGUUUAACAAAGUUAUUGUCAAUUCUGUCAGUGUGGAAAAAUUGCCGGCACCAGCCCAGUUUCAUGACUUGCAAAGUUUGAUUUCCUUAAAGAUGGCAACUGUUCCAAUCACCCCAUCAACAUCAAGUAAUAGCCAGUUUUCACCAGGAAGCUCUGUCAGUAUUGAACAAAGCACACCAACAAAUUUCGAAGCCACUUCUAUUCCUCUUUCUCCAUCGUUUGAGGAAUCUGUUGGAGAUUAUCGAAAUAAACAUCCUCUUAUUGUAAGUUUACUUGAAGCUGGAAAUAAAACUCAGGAGAAAUUACUAAAAGAUUCUGGUAAAACGCUUCAGGAUACUAAUCUACGUAAUACUGAAAUGACUCCAAAUACCCAAGUCAUUGAUAAUCAACGGAAUCUGAAAUCUAUGGCAACUCCAAGUUCUUGUAGCAUAAAUAAGAUUUCAGACAAUUCCCUUUCUCAUCAGCAUAAAUCCUCAGCAACCGGAAUGUCUUCUCAAAAUGAAGGUCAGUGUCCCAUGGAAUUGCUAGCAACAUGUCUUUCUCUGUGGAAAAAACAGCCUCCAGAAUCCACAGAAGAGAAACAGCAUAAUGACUUGAAGACACACAGAACAGCCAAUGGAAUGUCAAAGGCUGUGGAAAUCUGUGAUAAGAGUCCAUUGCCAGUUGUUGGAAAUUCUGAGACUAGGAUGGUUAACAACUUGACAGAAACAGCCUUGUCGACAGUAGUACAGAACUGUGAGUCAGCAAGUGCAACUGUCACAAAGGGCACAGAGCUUCAGAUUGCUGUAGUGUCACCCUUAAUUCUGUCAGAUGUCAAAACACUGCCUGACAAAGAAAUGACACCUGGGGCCUUACCUGAAAUGGUGUAUCCUGUUAUUAAGGAAGGCAGCGUUUGUAGCUUACAAAACCAGUUGGCAGAAGAUAGACAAGAUGUUGCUUCUUUGAAAGUUAGUGACUCCAUAACUAGUACUAUAACAUGCUCCAGGAUUUCCCCAUUGAUUCUGAACGAAAAGCAAACUGGGUCAGCAAGUGUUACUUUAGAAGAAACACCUAGUCCAGAUGAGCGGGAGUACAUAAAAGCAGAACUGGACAGCCAUUACCCAGUGACUAGUAUGCUUCCCUCCCUUGAGUCAAGGGGUGGGGGUGUCUUGCAGAUAGACAGCAUUUGUUCUCUUGUGGAAGGCGAUGUAUCAUACAAUUCCCAAAUCGCAAAGAUGUUCUGCAUGCCCCCUCUGCAAAAGGUUGAGCCACAGAAACUCCUAUCUACUCACCAAGUGGUUAGUGGCAGACAACAAAAAGAACUAGGUGAUGACAUCAUUGAGAAAAAAGACUUUGGUUCUCAGAAGGAUAAUUAUGAGCGGAACACAGGUAUUUCACUUGAAAUAACAGAUGAGGCCAAAUCAUCCCAUCCUCCUGAGUCAUCUUCAUUAAAGAAUAGUGAAACAAACAGUGGAAUUCUAAAGCAAGGCAGUUUAGGGCACAUCGCUGAUGAAGGAACUGGUGACUGCAUGUGUCCCUCAGCUGCUCCGCAGCAGGGUGUGUGCCCACAGGAGAUGGCCUCGUCCUGCAGUGGCACUGCCCAGGAUCCAAUGGGCAGUGGGAUUAUCAAUGAGAACACCUCUGUCUCAUACCUACACGACCAGCUGUCAGAACUUCUAAUAGAGUUUCCCUUUGGUAUUGAAGCUGUGAAUUCAUGUGAGGGUUCUGUACCCAAAGUAAAAAAGGGUGAAGUCUCGAAAGAUCAAACAUGUGAGAAUAUUUCUUGUGACUCCAAAGACUUAGCAGACCAAAUACAAAUUACAGUUUUAAGUUCAGAACAAAUGAGAGAAUUAUUUCCUGAGCAGGAUGAGCAGCCUCAAGAAGCAAAAAAAGCCACAGAACCUCAAAAAGAGAUGACUGUUUCCAAGGAAGGAGGCCAGACUCUACUACCAGCCCACAGUGGAGAUGGAGACAGUUCUGAUUGUGUAAUAGUGGACCCUGAGAAAGACGAUGUGCGCUGCUGUGCGCUGGGGUGGCUUGCUGUGGUUUACAAAGGAAUUCCCCAGUGCAAGUGCCAUUCUAUCAAGAACUCGAUUUCAGAGGAAGAAAAAGACAAAACUCAGUGUUCUCCUUUGGAGACCAGUGGCUGUAAGCCAGAAGAUAAAACCUCUGACCAACCUGGCCCUGUUGAAGCUAAUGAUCCUCCAGAUAAAGCUCAGAUUUCUCUCUCCCUUCCAGAGAGGAAAAAUGAUCUUUCUGAAAUAGAAAAGAGCAAGGCUAUAAAACAGAAAGCCAAAGCAAAGCAUAACAACUUAGUAAAGACAGAACACACGUUAUCAGGCCACUCGAAAAGUGAUAGAAAAAAGGAUUCCUCGAAAAGUCACAAAAGCAGAAAAUUAGUGUUUCACGAGGUCACCUUCCACUCCAGUAAUAAAGUGACAAAAUCUCAGGAGAAACUGCAGAAGAAACACAUGGCACCCAACUCACAAGCAAAGGGUGGGGGCUUGACAAAUAAAGAGCCACAUAGGAAGACAACAGCACAGCAAGUGUCACUGGAGGACAGGACAUUGAAGUUAAAAGCUGGCAGCUCUAGCCAGAAACAUCAGGACAAAAGGAAGUUAGAUGAAGGUAGCAUACUUGAUUCAGUGAUAAAGAGAAAGAAAUAUGAGCACGAGCAGAGUAAAAAUGUGACAAGUGGCACAUUGAAAUUAGGUCAUCCUUUGUCUUUGUCCAGCGAGAGAGCCAGUGUUAAAGAGAAGGCAGUAUCGAACAUGAAGAUCUCAAGCUCUACAGAGAGUGCCUCUAAAAAGAGUAGGCUUGUAACAGCAGAAUGUAUCCAAAAGCAAAAGCAUAAAGAAGCAAUGGGUGUGAAAGUGUCAAAGAAAAAGUAUGUGAAAAGUAGGUCUCGGGAUUAUCAAAUCAUGCGGUCCAGUAAGCUUGCAUUGCGAGUAGGGAGCUCUGGGAAGUCAAGCAUGAGACAUGGCAGUGGCGGCGGGCAGACCUCUAAAGAAGUGUGCACCAACCUUAGUAAAAACCUCAAAAUCCACCAUUCUGAAGAGUCUAAAACACACAAUUUGAAAAGUAUUAAAGGAGCAGUUGGUGGGAAGCCAUCUGAUAAAAUGUGGAUUGAUAAAACCAAAGUAGACAAGAACAGUGGUGUGAACAUUGAAGGUGUGUUAGGCCCAAUGUCUUCCCACACAAAGGAUCAACGUAAGCGGUACCUGAACCGAGUUGCCUUUAAGUGCACAGAACGGGAGAGCAUCUGUCUCACAAAACUGGAUAGUUCACCCAGGAAGCUUGGGAGAGAUAGAGAGAGAUCAGAAAAUAAACCUAAGAGAUCAGAAAGUAAACAUAAGAGCUUUUUGUCUGGGAAAGAGACCUCAGAAAAUCGAAGCAUGCUGGAAUUUAAGCUCUGCCCUGAGACCAUGAUGAAGAAUGCCAGCUCCACGGAAGACCAAAAGGACCUAAAGCCUUGUCCCCGGAAGGAGCAGGCGCCCAUGCAAGUUUCAGGAAUAAAAAGCACAAAAGAAGACUGGUUAAAAUGUGUAACUGAGGAGAAAAGGAUGCCGGAAGCCAACGAAGAUCUAGACAAUAAUGUUUUGGCUAAUUCAAGAGUCUUCAAAAGAAGUUUCAGUGCAGAUGGCUUUGACACAGGACAAAAUGCAGUAAAGGAUUCAAAAGCAAUGUUUCAGACCUACAAAAAGAUGUACAUGGAGAAGAGAAGCAGAAGCCUUGGUAGUAGCCCCUUAAAGUAAUUUUGAGACUUUAAUUCAUCUGCUUAUUUUGGAGUUGGCCCUGGAAAAUUUCUGGCAUUUCUUCCUUCAGACAACCUGGGACUACUCAAGGUUUUAGCUACCCCUUGGGUUGUGUAUACCAUUGAAAUUAUUUAAUUAACAUGUGAGAACCUUAUUUUUGAAUAGCAAAAUGUAAGAAAUGAUGCUAUACAUCAGUGACACUGUAAGUGUUGAAUUUCAUCAUGACUAACCCAAUUUGUCAUUUAAAGGGAAUUUUUAACAUAGGUCUUAUUUUGAAAUGUUAACUGACCAUUCGAGGAAGCCUCUCCUUGGGAUAUGGACCGUUUAUUUUAUCUGGGACUGUACAUGUAUUUUUAUUUCUAAAGGUUACUGGCAAAACUUAUUUUUCAAAAUCCUCACUGUGAAUGUCAAAGAAUAUUCUUAAGUAUUUUGUACUUGUAAACUUUUUGUCAGAAGUCUUGUUUUAUACUUGUUAUGCUAAACACAAUUUUGGGAUAAUGUUUAAGCAUUACUUUUCAUACUUGAAAUAAACAUUUAUUUUUUACAAA